AUGGUGGCGACAGAGCGCACGGCGGCGGUGUUGGCGGCGGUCCGGGGGGGGAGGGGAAGGUUGGUAGAGCUCGGCAUGACGGGGGAGAGAGUUGAGCGCGCACCAGCGCGGGCGUUUGGGUGCACGACGGCAGCAGCGUUCUGGAUAGGUCGGCCGCACGCGCAAAUGUGAAGUCGCGCGCGCCGUACCACCAAGUGCUGCUUUCAAGGAGAGCGAGCAUUCUGCCUCUGGCAUUUCGAUGAGCACUGUCUUCGUUCCUACCACAGCUUGCUCUUUGAGGGUUUCUGGCCUGAAGAACAAGUGGUACUUGACCCUCGCUGCACCACUAGUCUGCACAAUAACUAGUCUAGAUGCGAGAAGGAUAUUGUACCUCACGAAAGAAAACCGUUCGCG